AUGGAGACGAAGGGAUCGAGUGCGGCCGCUAGGCACGUGAGCCCUCACGUGUCUAACGGUAUCGACUACGGAGCAGAAGGAGAGUACACUCGGCGCCCCCCUCCACUGCGGCUUCCCCUCCGCCGCCCCCCCACUCCCGCCCCAGUAUCAUCCCCACCCCGCCCCUCCGCCUGUCGCUCAUUCAGUGGCCGAUCUUCCGUCUGUCAGGGUUGUGGCUGGUCUUGA